AUGGAUCAUUCUUUAACAUCAUAUUUAUUAUCGAAAAUAACGACAAAUUUAGAAUGUUCAAUAUGUUCAGAAAUUAUGAUUAUUCCAAUGACGAUAGAAUGUGGUCAUUCAUUUUGUUAUGAUUGUAUAUAUCAAUGGUUUUCUAAUAAAAUCAAUUGUCCUACUUGUCGUCAUGACAUUGAAAAUAAACCAAUUUUAAAUAUUCAUUUAAAAGAAAUUUGUCAUAAAAUUAUUGAAUCAAUAAUUGAAAACACUUCUAAUGGUGAUGGUGAUGGUGAUGGUGAUAGUGGGGGAGUUGAUCAUUUGAUGAAUAGAAAAUUGGAAUGUUUAAAAACUUAUAAUUUAGAUGUUAAAAAUAAAUCAAUAUUUGGCGAUUUAUUUAAUAAUACCGUGACGACAUUAAUUGAUUGUUCUGAUGGAGUUGCAAGAUGUGGGAAUUGUCAUUGGGAAGUUCAUGGAUCAAUAUGUUCUCAUUGUGGUACUCGAUUUAGAAGAUCAACAAGAAAUAUCAAUGGAGAAAGUGAAGAAGAUGAAGAUGAAGAAGAUGAUGAUGAUGAUGAUGAUGAUGAGGAUGCAUUUGAAGAUGUUGUUGCAGGAUUUCGUCAAAGUGUGGAAAUAAAUGAAUAUGAUUCUGAUGAUAGUUUUAUUGAUAGUAGAACUGCUAAUGAAAUACCCGUUGGUACUGAUAGUGAUAGUGAAAUCAGUAUCCAUAUUAAUGCUAAUAAUAAUAAUAAUAAUAAUGGUAAUGUUUAUGAUAAUGAAAGUAAUGAAAAUAAUAACACUGAUGAUGAUGAUGAUGAGGAGGAGGAGGAAUAUGGAGAUAAUCAUUUAGGUCAUACUGAAUCAUUUGGUAAUAAUAGUGCUAUUCAUGAUGAUUGGCAUGGAUUUGAAAGUGCUACAUCAAGUGUAAUUGAUCGAGCGUUUUCUGACGAUGAUGAGGAGGAGGAGGAAGAUGUUUCUAUUCAACGUCUGAUGAAUAGUCCUUAUAAUAAUGAUAGUAUAGAAUUAUCAAGUUCUGAACAUGAAAAUAUAAUACAAUUGAGUGGAGAUGAUGAAGAUGAUUCAUAUUAUGAUUCAGAAGAUAUACGAGAUGCUAUGGAAGAAAUGGAUAAUUUUAAUAUUGACAACACUGAUUAUAGUAAUGAAGAAGAAGAUGAUGUGGUAGAAUUAAGUGAUUAUAAUAGCUAUAGUGAUAAUAUGAUUAGUGAUGUAGAUAAUGAUGAUGAUGAUGAUGAUGAUGAUGGUUGGUGGUAA